AUGUCAACCGCGGGAAGCUCGACAUUCAGUCCUCUUCUCUCUGAAGCAACUCUCCCUCGCAGUGUUCUACAUAAUUACACAGCCCGCGAUGCCUCUUCAGAGUACUGCGGCUGUCUGAAUGGGGGCUGGUGUCAGGAGGGGGGGGUGUGUGACUGUGCACAGUUCCAGGCCCUCGGAGACCGCUGCCAGAUCAUUCCUAACCAGGGCCAGGACAGAGAUGGGAUCUGCAGGUCUUGGGGUCAGUACCACUAUGAGACGUUCGAUGGCAGCUACUUCUACUACCCUGGGACCUGCUCCUACAUACUGUCCCAGGACUGCCGCUCAGCCACACCACAGUACACAGUGUGGGUCCAUAACAGCCGUGUGUGUGAGGGCAGUGUGUACUCCUGUCCCAGGGCUCUCAGUCUCUUCUUCCCCAACGAGGAGGAGAUCCACAUCUCUGGAUACCAAGUCCACCAGGGGGUCGCAGGGGCGCCGCUGAGCCUACCCCAGACAAUAGGAGGUGUGUUUAUAGAGCGUCUGGCUGACUACCUGUUGGUGAAGAGCGUUUUUGGCUUCUCUCUGGCGUGGGAUGGGGGGAGCGGAGUAUAUCUGAAGAUGUCUGAACAGCACCACGGCACCCCCUGUGGCCUUUGUGGGAACUACAACAACCUGCCCAAUGAUGACCUCACCACAGCCCGCGGCGUGCAGACAGAGGAGCCAGCAGUGUUUGCUAACAGCUGGUCAGUCGAUCUGCCCCAUGAGAGAGGCUGCCCUCUAGUGGACAUAGACUUCACUGGACCCUGUCACUCUGAGUCUGACAUGGACGAUGCCAUAGAGAAGUGCAGUGCUCUCCUGUUCUUCCCCUUCCUGUCCUGUCAUGAGAACAUCGACCCAAACCCCUACGUGGCUAGCUGUGUCUCCGACCUCUGUGUGUCAGAUGAGGAGGAGACGUUUUGCCGUGCGCUGGUGGAGUACGCACGAGCCUGCAGCCAUGUAGGAUACCCUGUACGAGAAUGGAGAGACAGCUUCCCAUCCUGCAAUGAUGGCUGUGAGGAGAGUUUUGUCCAUAGAGACUGUAUCAGCUGCUGCCCUCCCACCUGUACCUUUGAUAAGGAGUGUCUAGGAACUAACCUGCACUGUCUGGAUGGAUGCUACUGCCCUGAUGGGUUGAUUCUGCAGAAUGGGACUUGUAUCGCUGUGUCUCAGUGUCCUUGUGUCUACCACGGCACCUCAUACACACAGGGAUACACUCUGGAGCAGGGCUGCAGCGUCUGUGUGUGUAUGGGCGGAGUGUGGAACUGCACGGACAACAACUGUACAGAUGUAGUUGAGGUACGGAGGUUAACGUCAGUGUUCGUCCAGCUGAGGACGUUGUUUGGCCUGCGUCUGCAAUAUGACGGGCGUGGUGGGCGUGUCUAUCUACAGCUGGACAGCCAAUGGCGUAGCAACACGCUGGGCCUUUGUGGAACCUUCAACGGAAACCUGCGGGAUGACUUCCUGUCUCCAGCAGGGAUGAUAGAGGGGACUCCCCAGCUCCAUGCUAACUCCUGGAGAGUCUCAUCUGCUUGCACCGCCCCCGUCAACCAGCCCAUCAUUGACCCCUGUGAGAUAAAUCAGCACAACGGUAACCUCUUGUUCUACGCCUCUCUGUGUGAGGUGUUGUUGGGCAGUGUGUUCUCUCCAUGCCAUGGUUACGUCAGUUCCAGUGUGUACCAGCAGCAGUGUCGCUACCAGGCCUGUCGCUGUGGUAACGCCUGUCUGUGUACGGCCCUGGCCCACUAUGCCUAUCUCUGCUCCAAACACAAUGUCACUGUCAACUACAGUGCCCACGUCUCAGAGUGUGGGAUGGUGUGUUUGGGUGGGAUGCUGUACCAGUCCUGUGUGUCGUACUGCGGUGGGUCCUGCCGCUCCCUCUCCAGUGGAGAGACCUGUAACCAUGACGACUGUGCUGAGGGGUGUGGCUGCUCCGAGGGCAGUUACUACGAUGACGUACGACAACGCUGCGUUCAGCCGUCACAGUGUCAUUGUUACUCUAUCGGAGGGGUGUCCCAGCCAGGGGAGGUAUCCUUCAGCGCCGCAGGCCCUUGCCUGUGCAGGAAUGGAAGGAUGGAGUGUGUACCAGAAGAAAGAGAGCCGGAGCGAGGCCGGUGUCCAGGGGGAAAGGUGUUCCACAGCUGCUCUCAGCCCCAGGGGUUCCACGGGUUCCAGGGGGCGCCGGCCUGGCGAGGAGGUGUGGCCUGUGAACUCACCUGUCGGAACCUGAUGUUGAAUCUGACCUGUCCUCCCACCACACCCUGUAUACCUGGCUGUGUCUGCCCACAAGGGCUGGUGCUGCACCGUGGGGAGUGUUACUACCCAGAAAACUGUCCCUGUGUCUGGCUGGGCCUGGAGUAUCUGCCAGGAGAGACCGUCGACACCCCCUGUUACAGAUGUGACAGACACUACCACACCUUCGACGGCCUGGAGUACGACUACCACUCAGACUGUCAGGUCUACCUACUCAAGAGUAUAGAUGGUGAGGUGUCCAUCGUGGCCCAGAAUAAGGAUUGUUAUCAGAGUGGGAUCAUCUGUAUGAAGAUGCUGGUCAUCCAUGUUGGAUUCACCAAGAUCUACUUCAACGACAACUCAGGCCAGCCUAGUCCAUCCAGUGUGGUCGGUAAGGGCUCUGAAUUUGAGCUGUGGUCAGCAGGCUACUACACAGCAAUCCACUUCCCCUACCAGAACCUAACCAUUCUCUGGGACCGCAAGACAACCGUACACAUCAGAGUUGGACCACAUUGGAAGGGUCUCCUGAGUGGUCUGUGUGGGAACUUUGACAGUGUGACAGUGAAUGACAUGACCACAUCCAGUCACAUGGAGGUCAGCAAUGCUCAGGGCUUCGGAGACAGCUGGGCCCUGGGACAGUGUGAGAGUGACUAUGUGGUGAAGAGAGCGUGUGAAGGAGACCUGGGUAGACAGCCGUACGCCAAGAGAGAGUGUGCUCUACUCUACAGUGAUGUCUUUACUCCCUGUCACAAUGUGGUGGAUGUCUCAUGGUUCUAUACGAACUGCUUGACAGACACUUGUAACUGUAAUCGAGGCGGAGACUGUGAGUGUCUGUGUACGUCCAUCGCUGCCUAUGCACACACCUGCUGUCAACACGGUGUUACUGUGGUCUGGAGAAACCCCUCUGUCUGUCCCUAUGACUGUGAAUACUACAACCAAGAGUUAGGUGAAGGUCCAUUCUCAGUGGUCAGUGCUGUGUUUAAUGCUACAGUCUUCGGUGUGAACAGAACCAGUGGGUCAGUGUUUCCUCUAGUUAGGGAGUUCGUAGGUGGGCUGCCUCCCCCUGGACUACUCUUUAACUUCAUGAUCACAGCAGGACUACAGAAGGACCGCACAUCACGUCUCCCGGUGAUCUCUCUGGAGUCAGCGGAGCGUCCUAACUACUUCCUGGUUGUUUCGGACCGCGCUGGGCUGCGGUUGGAGCAGUGGACAAGAGGGGAGAAGUUUGGCCGCAGGGCUUCCUUCCUACAGCACCAGGGGCUGUUCCUGCCUGGCCACACCUCCUUAGAGCUGAUUGGUCAGCCGGGAGUGUUCCUGACUCUGACACGCACGUCUGCACGCGCUCAGAGAUACGACAACUCAGACAACUUCAAGACCAGCAGCUCCUUUACCCUGGAGGGUUACGACCUCACCGCCACACGCUGCCACUUCCUGCCCCCGGUGGAGGGCUGUUUCCCUCGCUGCCCCAAAAACCUGGUUCUUGAUGAGGUCACCAGGAGAUGUGUCUACACAGAGGACUCCCCGUACUCCUACCGUGUAGAUGAGUGUACAGAGCUGAUCUGUUUUAAUGGGGAGCUGCUCCUCCAUAACUCCUCCCUCCACUGUCGGUACAACACCACUCCUCCUCGCUGCUCUCUGCUGGGCAUGGCUGUCCUCACCAACACCGACCCUUGCUGCCCGCUCUGGCAGUGCCCCUGUCGCUGCUCGGUGAUGUCAGACCUGCGUGUGAUAACGUUUGACGGUAACAACGUGGCGCUGUAUGAUAAUGGCUCCUACAUCCUGGUCUACCUGCCCAGAGAGAACAUCAUAGGAACAGUGGAUAAAUGCCCUACCAGCCAGAGCGUCAACUCCAUCAGACGACCGAGCCCUAGUGGUGGGACGUCAGGUUUGUGUUUUAAGAAGUUGAACAUCACUACUCCGUCCUACAGGAUUAUCAUCAACCGCCUAGACCGCAAGGUGUCAGUGAACCACAUCAAAGCACGGCUGCCAUUCUCCCGCAAGGCCUUGUCAGUAGAGGACACAGGCAGUAUGUACCUGAUCACCACUCCUGGAGGAGUCAAUAUACAGUGGUACCACAGCACUGGAAUCAUGGUGCUGCAAUACACCACCCCCUCCAAUACAUCUGCUCCUACUAGAGGCCUCUGUGGGUGUUGUGACGGGAACCCGGCGGAUGACCUGAAGCUGCCUAACGGUACGGUGGUGAGGGAGGUGGCAGACCUGGGUCUGUUCCUGCAGGCCUGGAGGGUCCAAACCUCAGAGGACACAGAACACACACGACGCAUCGGAGACAACUGUACCACUGGAGACUGCUCUACCUGUCUCUCCAUGCUCAGACAGAGACCCUUCACUCCCUGCCACAGCAAGGUCUCUCCAGAACAGUUCUGUGAUGUGAUGUGGGCAGGCGACCUUCACUAUAAGGCCCACCAGUGUGACUUCCUGGCAGCCUACGUAGCUGUCUGCUACACUUACCAAGUCUGCAUCACCUGGAGACGACACAACUUCUGUCCAUUGAGGUGUCCCCCAGGUAGGGAGUACCAGGCGUGUGUGUCGACCUGUACCACCCGGACCUGUCAGAACAGAGAGUUCUAUGAGGAGACCACCUGCUCCCACAUCAGAGAGGAGUGUGUGUGUCGCUCUGGAACCAUCCUGCACCGAGCAGACUCCUCUUACUGCGUCACAGAGGAGCAGUGUGUGUGCACUGAUAACGAGGGGUCUCCGCGGGCCCCUGGGGAGGUGUGGAACGGGUCAUUGCGUAGCUGCUGUCUGUUCCGCUGCCUGGAGAACGGUUCUGUGGUGGCAGUAGAACCUGACUGUAGCAUUAGUCCCACUCUGCUGUGUGAGAGGGAGGGAGAGUACGUACUGGAUGUCCUGGAGGAGGGGGCUUGCUGCCCCAAGAAGAUCUGUGAAUGUAAUCUGACCAUCUGUGAGAGUGAGGCUCCGCCCUGUGAGAAUGGGAACCGGCUGGUAAUUGGUUACAGUGCCCUGUCCUGCUGCCCAGAGUACCGUUGUGAGUGCGACCCCCAUGCCUGUCCCCUCACCGCCCCUGACUGUAGAGAAGAUCAGUUCCUAGUGGAGGUUCGUGAGGACAACUCCUGCUGUUACUCCUUCCUGUGUGUGUGUGAGUCGUGUAUCGAGCCCGUGCCGUCCUGUUCUUAUGGAGAGAUACUGGCUGUGGAUCAGAACACCACCCACAGCUGCUGCCCUCAAUACCACUGUGUGUGUGACGUGAACCUGUGUCCUGAGUCGUCUCUGAGCUGUUCUCCUGGUCUGUCUCUGAUCCAAACAACCCUACCUGGACACUGCUGCCCCGACCGUCACUGUGAGUGCCAGUGUGAGGACAGCUCUCUCCCAGUCUGUCAGGUGGGGGAGGUACAGGUGGAGGUCGCAGACAGCAGAAGCACCUGUGGCUGCCUCCUCUACACCUGCAAGAAGGCAGAGGUGUGUGUGUUCCAGGGAGUCACGGUGCUGGGUCCGGGCCAGAGCCUGAUUCAGUACUAUGAAGGAGAGCUGUGUUACACCGUCCAUUGUCUGACACAUCGUGACACACACACUGGAUACUAUGCCAUGGACGUGUCCGCUGUCAACUGCUCUCAGAAGUGUGGCCAGCACCAGCUGUACGUAGCAUCAUCAGAUCCUCAGGUGUGCUGUGGCUCCUGUAAGAAUGUCUCCUGUUCUUUCAACAACGACAACGGAACCACUGAGCUCUUCACUGCAGGGAGCUCCUGGGUGGAUAACUGUAUGCGGUAUGAUUGUGUGGAGACGACAGUGGGAACUGUGAUGCUGGCCUCAGGGGUGGUCUGCCCCCCCUUCAACGACACAGAGUGCACUCAGAAUGGGGGCGUGGUCCAGAGCUAUGUGGAUGGCUGCUGCAGGACGUGUAAGGAGGACGGUAAGACGUGUAAGCGUGUGGCAAUCCGAACCACCAUCAGAAAAGACGACUGCAGGAGCAACGCACCGGUGACAGUGUUUUCAUGUGAUGGGAAAUGUCCGUCUGCCACCAUCUUUAACUUCAACAUCAACAGCCACGCCCGCUUCUGUAAGUGCUGCAGGGAGAGUGGACUACAAACCCGCUCCGUCACCCUGUACUGCUCACACAACGCUACCCUGGUGGCCUACAGCUUCCAGGAGCCUGUUGACUGCUCCUGCCAAUGGAACUAGAGAGAGAACGAAGCUAGUCAGUGUGAGCUCCAGUAUGGCGUUCAAUAGGAGGGAUGGAAGAUGGAACAGAGGUUAGAGGUCAGAGGUCAGAGCAGACAGGUCAAGCGUCCAGGUAGGCGAGUUCUUUAGUCUUCCUUCAGUGUGUUGUGGAGGGCUGUAUUCUGACCUGUUAUAGUGACCCUGUCGUUCCAGAUGUGUAGUGGUGUAACCUGUUCCUACUAUACUAUGAGAACACUAGUCCUAUCUGUACUGCUGUAGCCUGCUCCUCUCGGACUUUAUCAUGUUUAGAUCAAUUGGUCCGAGCUGACAGGACCGCUGCUGCUGCUUUAGUAUGGAUCUAGUGCUCUCUUGAUGACUGACAUGUUUUAAAUGCCGAUCAAAUUUCUUUUUUUUUCUUUUUUACAAGUGUAAAGCUUUUAUACAAAAAUAUUUCUAUUUAACUCAAUCAAUUAUUUAGUAAGGUGAUAAUCCACCUAAGCAUCUGAUGGUAGAUGAUCCAUAUUUCAACAGAACACUGUAUUUGUUGUGUUGUUUAAUGUGAAGCAUGGGCCAGUAAUCAGUAUGUGCUGAUGCCAUCAGAUAGACUAGAGUCUCUAGUCAUACAGAACCUCUC